CUAUUUAAGCAGUGGUAUCCCAAUGCCAUGCAUCAAACCGGCCUGAAACAUCUUCAUCCUCAUAUUCCCUGCUUAGGAACACCGAACACACACCCUCGAUCGUCAAUCUUGUUCUCUAUCUGCAUCCAGCUCUCCAUUUCGAACGACGAAAUGGCCAAUUCCUUUAUGCUGUGCACGGUGGUUGUUGCGUCGUGCCUCGCCGUCGCCGCCGCCGGCUGGUCUCAAGGCACUGCCACUUUCUACGGCGGAGUCGACGCGUCCGGCACGAUGGGCGGCGCAUGCGGGUACGACAACCUGUACAACGCGGGGUACGGCGUGAACAACGCGGCGCUGGGCCCGACCUUGUUCAACGACGGCGCGUCGUGUGGGCAGUGCUACCUCAUCACCUGCGACACGUCACGGAGCGGCGGGCAGUGGUGCAAGCCGGGCAACUCCAUCACGGUGUCCGCCACCAACCUGUGCCCGUCCAACUACGCGCUGCCCAACGGCGGGUGGUGCGGCCCGGGGCGCCCCCACUUCGACAUGUCGCAGCCGGCGUGGGAGCACAUCGGCAUCUACAGCGCCGGCGUCGUCCCGGUCCUGUACCAGCAGGUCAAGUGCUCGCGCACCGGCGGCGUGCGCUUCAGCCUCGCCGGCUCCCAGUAUUUCCUGCUCGUCAACAUCCAGAACCUCGGCGGCAGUGGCUCUGUGGGCGCUGCGUGGGUGAAGGGUGACAAGACGGGGUGGAUCCAGAUGUCCAGGAACUGGGGCGCCAACUGGCAGGCGCUCGCCGGGCUCGUCGGCCAGGGGCUCAGCUUCGCCGUUACCACUACCGGCGGGCAGUACAUUCAGUUCUGGAACGUGGUGCCUGGGUGGUGGCAGUUCGGACAGACCUACUCCACAACCCAGAAUUUCUACUACUAAUAAGACCCUACUGCCGACGACGCCGAGGAAGCUCGAUGGAUGUCCUCCUUAUUUGCCCCAUUUCUUGAGGUUUAGUCGAGUGGCGAGUGCAUUCUCUUGAUUCUGACGCAGAGCUAAAUGCACUUGUUGCUGUUGUAUCAUAUUAUAUUGCUUCUUUGGCGACCCCCGGAUUGACGUCCAUCCUACGUGAUGCUCCAGCUCUGCUGGAGGAAAUAAUGGAAGGGUAGGAUGAACAAGAGAAGGGGAUCGAUCGGUGACAUCUCUCAUACACCUGAAUGUUUUUUACAGCUUUAUUUGUAGAUAAGACACAUUUUUUCUUAGUAUGCAUCGUAUGGGUACAUACACCGAAUUAUAUAUAAGUUCUAUAUGUCAAAAAUACUUUGGAUA